UGUAUCCUGUCUAAACCCACGUGAAAAUCUUAUUGUGUAAGCUUUGGUAGAAAUAAUUCUUUACCAAGUUUGCAAAUUAUUUCAUGCUUGAUGUCAUUGUUGAAAGUUGUUUUCAGGUUUAGCUUGCCAAAUCUUCCGAUUUCAAUAGCAGAACCAGCCUAUCUAAAACCUACUCAAUCACGCGCUUGGUUUUCAUUCCGAGCAAAAGCGGAAGUUGUUUUAGGCACUUCCGGAACAAAUCGCUGUAUCAGACGACAUACAUAUUGCACCAUGCCAGAGAAAAAAGAAUUUAAAAGAUUGCCGACGGACGUGAAGCCCGAGAAUUAUACUCUUCGGCUUCAGCCAGAUCUUGAUAAGUUCACCUUCAAAGGACAGGAAACAAUUGAUGUCAAGGUUCUCUCAAGCACGACCAGUAUCACCCUGAACAGUGAGGAAAUAGAAAUUCAGUCCGCUUGUUAUAAAGCUGCAGAUGCUGGAGACCAGAAUUUAAAAGCAGAGGUGAAAUUUGAACCAGAAAAUGCUUCAGUGGUUUUGUCAUUUCCCAGUGCUCUUCAGCCAGGAAGUGGGCAGCUGUGCAUUGACUUCACAGGAGAGCUGAACGACAAGAUGAAAGGUUUCUACAGAAGCAAGUAUUCCUCACCUUCUGGAGAGGAGAAGUAUGGAGCUGUCACACAGUUUGAGGCCACAGAUGCCCGUAGAGCUUUCCCUUGCUGGGAUGAACCUGCUGUCAAGGCCACAUUUGAUGUUACCCUGGUGGUUCCAAAAAACAGAGUAGCUCUCUCCAACAUGCCAGUGAAAUCGGAGAACGAUCUGCCAGAAGACAGCACCUGGAAGGUGGUCACCUACGAGCGGACCCCCAUCAUGUCCACCUACCUGCUGGCCUUUGUUGUUGGGGAGUACGAUUAUGUAGAGGACAAGGAUUCGGACGGGGUGCUGGUCAGGGUCUACACCCCCGUGGGCAAAAAGGAGCAGGGACAGUUCGCCCUGGAGGUGGCGGUCAAGACGCUGCCAUUCUACAACAAAUAUUUCCAGAUCGCCUACCCCCUCCCCAAAAUUGACCUCAUCGCUAUUGCUGACUUUGCUGCAGGUGCGAUGGAGAACUGGGGCCUGGUGACAUAUCGAGAGACAGCUCUGCUGAUUGAUCCUAAGAACUCCUCCUCCAAAUCCAAGCAGUGGGUGGCGCUGGUGGUGGGGCAUGAGCUGGCUCACCAGUGGUUUGGGAACCUUGUCACAAUGGAAUGGUGGACUCACCUGUGGCUUAAUGAGGGCUUUGCCUCCUGGAUUGAAUACCUCUGUGUGGACUACUGCUUCCCCGAGUUUGACAUUUGGACACAGUUCGUGAACUCUGACCUAGGCAGAGCUCUGGAGAUGGAUGCUUUACACAAUAGUCACGCUAUAGAGAUCCCAGUGGGGCAUCCUGAUGAGGUGGAUGAAAUUUUUGAUGCCAUUUCCUACAGUAAAGGAGCCUCUGUCAUCAGAAUGCUGCACGACUACGUUGGAGAUGAGAGCUUCAAGAAAGGAAUGAACCAGUACCUGACAAAAUUCAAAUACAAGAAUGCAGUCACUGAAGAUCUGUGGGAGUCCCUUGGGAAAGCCAGCGGAAAACCGGUCCUUGAUGUGAUGACAACCUGGACCAAACAGAUGGGGUACCCCGUGGUGAAGGUCAGUGAGAAACAAGAUGGCAGUAACAGAGUUUUGACCUUGACCCAAGAGAAGUUUUGUGCUGAUGGAGUACAGAAGAAAGAGGGCUCUUUCUCCUGGAUGGUGCCAGUAUCAAUCAGCACAGCCAGCGAUCCAAAGAAAGCUGCUGUAGUUACUCUGCUGGACAAAACCUCAAUGGAUGUCACAGUUCCUAACGUCACCCCAGACCAGUGGGUUAAGGUAAACUGUGAGUCUGUGGGUGUGUACCGGGUCCAGUACAGCUCAGAGACCCUUGACAGAUUCAUUCCUGCCAUCAAGAAUAAAACUCUGCCUCCCAGAGACAGGCUUGGUCUGCAAAAUGACCUCUUUGCACUUGCUAGGGCAGGGAUGAUCUCUACUGUGGAUGUUCUGAAGGUGGUGGGAGCCUUCGUCAAUGAGGAUGACUACACGGUGUGGAGCGAUCUCACGGGGAACCUAGGACAGAUCAGCAUCCUGUUACAGAACACGGACGGAUUCGAGGACUUCAAGACCUUCAGCAAGAAACUGUACAAACCGGUGGCCCAGUCUCUAGGCUGGGACGCCAAGGAAAGCGAAGGUCCGUUAGCGGCCAUGCUUCGAGAGUUGGCUCUGACACGGCUAGGCAAGUACGGUGAUGAGGAGACAGUAACAGAGGCCCGCAAAAGGUUCGAAAAUCACGUGUCAGGAAAGGUCCCCCUCCCUGCAGAUCUGAAGGGACCAGUGUAUUUGACGGUGAUGGUCAAUGGGGAUGAAACCACAUUCAAUCAAAUGAUGAAGUUGUACGACGAGGCAGACAUGCAGGAAGAAAAAGUUCGCAUUAGCCGCUGUAUCGGAUCCAUCAAAAGUGACGAACUGAAGAAGAAAGUGCUUGACUUUGCUAUGUCUGAUAAAGUUAGAUCCCAGGACACAGUGUUUGUGAUUGGCGGAGUUACGGGAACUGUUCAAGGCAGAGAACUCUGCUGGCAGUUUGUCCAGGACAAGUGGACAGAGCUACACGAAAGAUACAAAGGAGGAUUCCUGCUGUCUCGACUCGUGGAGGUUUCCACAGACAACUUUGUAACAGAGGCUCGUGCUAAGGAAGUAGAGAAAUUCUUUGAGACCCAUUCUGCCCCAGCAGCUGAGAGAAAGAUCCAGCAGUCCGUCGAAAACAUUCGACUGAACGCCAAGUGGAUGGAGCGCGAGUCCACGAGUGUGCUGAAAUUCCUGCGCAGUCAGUGAAACUGAAAUUGUACAGGGCAGCGACCAAAGGACCAAGAUCAGAAUUAGUGGAGUUAUUUAUGAACAAAUAGUCAUGUGAAAUUUCAUCUUGUCUUUUCUUUUCUUUACAAUAUUAAAGGAACAUUUAUAAUUGUUGUGCA